AUGACUGGGUUUUUUGAAUUUUUUUUUAGUUCCUUCCAAUUGGUUGUUUUACUUUGUAUUGGUAAUACCAUUGCCAUUCCGCAAUAUAAUUACAAUCCACCACACCAAGGUGCUGGAUUAGGGCCAAUUGGUGGAACUGGACCAUCGGGUAUUGAUGAACCAUUAGGGGGUGGACUAUUGGACGUAAGAGGUGGUAAUAUUGGUCCUGCACCAUCAUUUGCAUCCUCAAGUAGCGCACAUGCUACAGGAGGUCAUAUUGGUGGGUUCCAAAACUUUGCGGGUGGACACGGAAGUGGUGGUUUCGUACCAAGUACAGGGGCUUUUGGUGGAAAUAGAGGACAUUUUGGUGGUGGGGCAGCCAAUUUGGGCGGACAUGGCGCUGGUGGAGGUAGUGGUUUCGGAGGUUUUGUUGGAGGUGGAAACUUCGCGGGAUUUGGUGGAAGUGCAGUUGGCAGUAACGGUUUUAGUGGAGGGAAUGCCGGUUUUAUUGGUCACGGUGGUGCUCAUCAAAAUCUUAUUACAAAACAAUUCUUUAUUCACUCAGCGCCAGAAGAACAAGAUGAAGUCGGUGGCGAUAAAGUUAUUAAUUUAGGACCAGGACGCAAGCAUUAUCGUGUUGUUUUCAUCAAAGCACCUCACCAAGGUGUACAAGGAGGCAGAGUCAGAUUUAUUGCACCAGCUAACGAAGAAAAGACUGUUAUAUAUGUACUAAGCAAGAAGACUGAUUUAGCGGAUAUUGCAGCUGAUGUACAACAAGCACACACUGAACCAACUAAACCUGAUGUAUUCUUUAUUAAAUAUAAAACACCAGAAGAAGCUGCUCAUGCACAAAGGCAAAUCCAAGCUCAAUAUGAUCAAUUGGGUGGUACAUCACAAGUAUCUGAUGAAGGUGUUGCUCCUGUUUCCUCCGUUAUUGGUGCUCUGGGUCAUGGAUCAGGUGAUGCUGGACAUACUGGUCAUGGCGGUCAUGGAUUUACAAGCGGAGGGAGUUCUGGUUUGGGUGCUGGAAUUGGUGGUACUGCUGGUGGCAUUAGCAACGCUAUUAGCGUCGGUACUGGUGGCGGACAUAUUGGUCAUAUUGGCGGUGGUUCAGGUGCGACAUACUUACCUCCAAACCAUUAA